AUGACCACAAUCAGAGAAAAGAAAAAAGUACCAGAAUUUGGUCUUACAUACAAAAAAGCAGAGAACUUUAGUGAGUGGUAUCAGCAGCUUGUGAUAAAAUCAGAACUUCUUGAAUAUUACGAUAUAAAAGGCUGCUUUAUUAUGCGGCCGUGGUCGUAUUUCAUCUGGAGUGUCGUGAAGGAGUCUUUUACCCGCGAUAUAACGAAAAUGGGUGUGGACGAGUGCUACUUCCCGCUUUUGGUGACAAAAGAUGCAUUGGAAAAGGAGGCCAAUCACAUCGAGAACUUUGCGCCGGAAUUGGCCUGGAUCACGAAGUGCGGUGAAAACGAUAUUGAGCCGGUUGCUAUACGACCAACUUCUGAGGCUGUGAUGUAUCCAUACUUCAAAAAAUGGCUUUUUUCUCAUCGCGAUCUUCCUUUGAAACUGAACCAGUGGUGUAAUGUGCUCAGGUGGGAGGUGAAAAGCACCCUACCGUUCAUAAGAGGAAGAGAAUUCCUCUGGCAGGAGGGACACACGGCCUAUUAUGAGAAAGAAGGUGCAGAGCAGGAAGUCCUGCAAAUUCUUGAUCUCUACGAAAAGAUAUACACAGAUCUUUUAGCCAUUCCGGUGAUAAAAGGAAAAAAAACAGAGAAUGAAAAGUUUGGCGGUGCAGAGUACACCACGACGGUGGAAGCAUUUAUUCCGAUAAACGGAAAGGCUGUACAAGCCGCUACAUCGCAUUUUCUUGGGCAGAACUUUUCAAAGAUGUACGAUGUCAAGAUUGUUGACAAGUGUAACAACGAGGAGCAUGUUUAUCAGAACAGUUGGGGAUUGACAACACGGUGUAUCGGUAUUGCGGUGAUGAUACAUUCCGACGACAUCGGUCUUGUGCUGCCGCCACGGGUAAGCAAAGUACAGGUCGUCAUAGUUCCGUGCGGAUCGAUGAAUAGCGAUGUUGUCGGGUACAUCGAACGGAUUAAGAAGGAAAUGGAGGAAAAGGGCAUUCGUGUUCUUCUUGAUGACAGGAAAAACGUUCUUGCAGGAUUUAAGUUUAACCAUUGGGAACUGAAGGGUGUACCACUGAGGAUGGAAAUCGGGAUGAAUGAUUACCGAAGCAGCGAGGUUGUUAUGGUAACACGGAUGAACGGCAACAAAAGAAAAAUAUCUUCUGUGGAUAUCGGUGAGAGCGUGCUUAGCGAGCUUAACAAGAUCCAUGAUCAGAUGUAUGAGAAGGCCAAAGCCGAACAGAUGAAGAGAAUAAGGAGGGCGAGCAGCUGGGAAGACUUUAAGUGUGAGCUGAGUUACAAUAACAUGAUAAUGAUACCGUUUUGUGGACGUAUAGAGUGCGAAGAAACCAUCAAGAAGGAGACAACAGUUUUUACAGAUGGAACUGUUGAUCAGCAGGGUGCGAAGAGCCUGUGUGUUCCGUUUGAGAAUAACGAGCGCACGGACAUGCAAUGUUUGAAAUGUGGAGAGAUGUGCGACAAGUACACCUUGUUUGGUCGAAGUUAUUAAAAAGUAUAUUUUGGAGGA